GAAGAAUAUUGAACUGUUUACAUUGAAAUGUAUAUAUGUUAAAAAGUAUAUUGUCAGUUGUAUCUGCUAGCAACCCUUUGUUGAAGCACUUAACUCACAGCACCCUUGCAAAGUUCCGCCAGUUGACACCGAGGCUCAAUAAAACGCUGCCUUAUCCUAUUUUCAAAAGCAAAAAGGUUCAUAGAAGAAAAAAAGGAACGAGUGGAAAAAAGAACGUCCUUAAAUAAGGUAAGAAAACCAAGUAAGUGAUAUAUAACCAGAUAGCAUUCUUGCAAAAAUCGCCGACGGUUUAAAAAAUGCGUCAUCAGGCAACUUCGGCUGUCGGCCGAGCAGAUGGUCUCAGUGUAACAGAACAAAUAAGGCCUUUUGAAUAUACAAAAAGGCUAGCGGAUGAACACCGCCAUUCCAUAUGGGGGGAAAGAAUAAAAAGACUUUAAUGUUAUAAUCAUUUUUCAAAGUAUAUUGCGGUCGUGGAAAAGUAGGCAUAUCGUUUACUGAUGUUCUUUGGAUGUUCUCGAUCAGUUAAGAGAAACCCCCUAUUCUAAAGCCAAAAAGCAAUGAUUAUCCUAUACGUAUCUUGUUUUCCCCCAAGAUUGCGUAGCACCAAUGAUACAUUUCUCUCCAACUUUAAAAAGAAACAGAAACUAAUUUGAAACUAGCCCUGAACCCACCUCAGUGUGUCAAAUCAUUAGCUUUUGCUUUUCGAAAUAAAGCAUCACGCAACAACUAUUUAUGAUAUAAACAGUAUGAACACAGAUUCUCAUCGCCCUAUGACAGGUAAUCCGGAAUCCGGAAUCCAUGAAAAAAUGAGACUUGAAAUCCGGAAUCCAUGCUACUGGAAUCCGGAAUCCACACACUAGGAUCCGGAAUCCAAGACUUAAGCUGGAAUCCGGAAUACAAGAAUUAGUAUAAAAAUUAUUUUAAUAUUUGGCUUCUUUUUCCAAAAUUCAUUUUGAUUUAUCUGUUUAUAUGCAUGUAAUUUUCAUUUCAACCUUUUGGCGGUUGACGAAGAAGCCAUUCCAUGGUUAUUAUUUUAUUAGCCAAUGAGACGCGGGUAGGUUUGAACAUGCGAUCAAUCACCUCCAAGUUCUCGCUUUCUAGCUUCACUCAGGCAAGAAUCAACAACAAAGGAGGGUAAGGGCAGAUUUAUUCUUUCGAAUUCUUAUUGAUAAUGACAUUCAAUUAUUUAAAUAUUUAUUGUAUUGUAAAAAAAACACCCAUAAGAAAUCGCCUCGCCAUAUCUGUGAGAACAGGAAGUUCUGAUCUCGACGAAGUAAUCGGUCAAAAGAGUUUUCACUUCAAAACACGUGUAAGUUGGGUGUCUACAAAACGAAGACCUACAACCUGUGACCCCAAAAGCUACGACCCCAAAAAUAUUGCCGUUUUUAUUAAACCUACCUUGUUUCCCAAAAUGGCUACACAGCGUUUUCACGUGGAAUCAGUAAUCUUUAUGAGAUAAUUAGCUAGUUCAAUUUGUUUUCUUUUAAUUGGGAAGGGAAAAGCACUACUUGUGCUUCCAGGUAGUCGUUUCUUAAAACGCUGAUAAACUCAGAAACCCGGAAAGUCACACGGUAAAAUUUUCGGGUUUUUCUUAAAAAAUCUUAAUUGCCCGCCAAAGAGCUAACUUACGGGAAAUCGCUUCAUGUUCUAGUUGUGUCGAGUUGUAGAAAGUUUUCAUCACAGAAAAAAACAUUCCACUGCCCGGUAUAAAGUGGGCUAAUCAAGGCUAACAUCAAUAAGGUUUCAUCUCAGUCUAAUGAUUUGACAUUUAGCUGUCACAGUGCGCCUAAAAAAUAUAAACAGCUUUGCGAAAUUAAGUUUUUUUUACAAAAUGAAACUUUAUUUACUUGUUCUUUGUCUUUCAUUUGAAAAAUGCCGAUGCAACGGUAAUGUUUGGGGUGAAAGUUGUCUACAGACAUCGACAAAACUAGGAUUUCAAUAACUACUACUAUAAUCUUUAACAGUCACGACACGUCAAGACACGUCUGAGGCUUAAUCUAGGUUCCGACACGUCUGAGAAUGGAGAUGAGGAUAGAGAUGGGGACGAGGAAUGCGCAACUCGGCGUAUUCGCCAGGUGACAGUAGGGGACCUUACUUUGACAUCUGACUCAGAAGAAUGAAGUCUCCAUUUGGCAUUUGCAGAUCACACAAGGAUCCUUUUACACUCUAUGUAUCGGACAUUCGCGAGCAAAUGUUAUUCUCUAUCACAAAUAUUAAUUCUGGUGCAAAUGGGAACUAUUCUGGACAACUGAAUGCCAUAUUAUCUUUUGGCCGGACAAGUAUCCUAACGUCGAUAGCGGUUACCAGGGAUGACGAUCACAUUCUUGUUGGAGACUGCAAAGAGAACGCUUCUUGUGUCUACGUGUGCUAUCUUGUACACAAAACAAUCACUCGGACAGUAUCAGGUGUUGUGGCUCCUACAGGAAUAGCAGUGACCGAGGAAGGAACUGUGUUCGUCUCAUCAAGUAAGAUCAACACGCUGCUGACCAUGACAGAGGUGGAUCUUAUAACCAGUGAUAACACCCCAACAGCAAUCUCUAGUUCAACGGAUGCAGGCCAUUGUGAUGGUUUAGAUGCUCAGUGGAACUCUCCAUCAGGGCUAUGUAGCUACCGUAAUACGAUCUUUGCUUGCGACACUGGUAACAAGGCCGUUAGAAUGGUUACAUCAGCUGUUUGACUGGUGCAUCUCCAGCAGAAUAUGUCGAUGUAUGCCAAUGUGUUCCGCCUGGAUAAGAAUUGUGAGAAAUAGAAUUUCCCCGAGAGGUUUGACGAACACAAAAGACAGAUAGAACAUCUGGCCGGGUUUUUAUUAGAUAAUGAAGAAAAGGCAAAGGAGAGCACGAAUGGCCCUGACAUGACAAUUCCACGUUGCACCCGACAGUCAUUCCAAAUCGCGCUUGACUCACUGACCAGCCUCGCAAACACCUUAACAGAGAUCGGCGAAGAGCGAGUCCUGGAGGAGAUCAGAUUUGCGAGUCUGACAACUCUUUCUGUCGAGUGCUUCUUCAAAGCCAUGCGUGCCGAUCAUGACAUGCCAACUAUGGUGGAGUAUGCUUAUGGACGAGCGCGCUGUGUGGAAGAUGACAUGCUCCGAAUUUACCAGAAGCAUUUUACAUACUUCACAGGGCCGAACUCGUUUUAUCCGGAGAAGAUUAUCUCGGGCGAUCCACCAAGUCUGAUGCAGAGGCCAUCCAAGAAAACGCAGACGAAAGAGGGAACUGGUGAUGAAACAGAAGACCGCAGACGUGCAGAGACCAUGCGGGAAUUUACACGGGAGUAUGGGAGAGGAGUGCGACAAGCAAAUGUCCGAGCUAAGACAAAAGAGCUGACAGGAACCCUUCCAUACUCACUGAGUAUGCUGCCUGACCGAAUCGAAACGGGCUCAGACGACGUGCUAGACUUCGUAAGUGAAGCUCGAUCAACGGUCACAGUAAAUGACACCGGUGGAAGUACCAGGGUGCAGGUCUUGUACUACAAAGACGAAAUCGUCGCCGUCAGACACGAUCGCCGACGGGACGCAUCUCCGUAUUGGCUCGCCGUUAUGAUGGAAGACGUUUUGGUCAUCGCUGCAUCUGGACGAUUCCAGAAGAACAGCGUAACUUUCAGAUGGCUCGAUCAGACUGAUGACCAUCUGAAAUAUACCUUCCACGAGGUAUGCAACGGCAACUCCCCUAGAUGUCUGCUGGCAAAAGUAGAAAGCCUCACCAUUGAUGACCAGAUCGUAACCAUAACUCCCGAAGAAGACAUCAAACUUUCGAGAAUUGCGAACGGUGAUGAUCAGACGGUGGAGACACGGGCAGAUGAGAACGAAGAAAGAAAGUGGCUGACAAAUGGAGAGUCUUUUUCUACCCCCACAGAAGCAAAAGAAGAGUCGUUUCCGGCGAGAGUGGAAGGGGUUAGUUUAUCAGGUAUGCAACGGCAAUUCCCCAGAUCUCUGCUGGCAAAAGUAGAAAGCCUCACCAUUGAUGACCAGACCGCAACCAUAACUCCCGAAGAAGACAUAAUAAUAAUUCAAGUUUAUUCACAUAUGACCUCUCGCAGUGUUUCGACUGAAUUACAGGUAGAGACACAAAGCUAUACUAGCAGCAUUACAUUACAUUAAAGUACUUGUGCGUGACAAAGUCUCUUAGUCUGUUGGUGCGCAAAGACUGCAAGCUGGCCGAGCCCCUGCCUGAUCUUAAAGCGUAGGUUAUUGCCCUAGUAAUCGUUCCACAUCAGACACGGAAAGACACGGAAAGAUGAGAACGAAGAAGGAAAGUGGCUGGCUUCUUCUACCCCCACAGACCCACAGAAGCAACAGAAGAGUCGUUCCCGAGGAGAGUGGAAGGCGUGAGUUUAUCAGGACGCUAAACAACGCGUUUCAUUUUACGAUAGUGAUGUCUACUUUAGUUCUUGUUAUAGGCUCGUGCCAAAAUACUUACCAUGGCUCUCCUAAACUCGCCCUGAUAUCCCACCAAAGCGGACCACAAUGGCACGGUCAAACAAAAUACCAGAGCCUGAUAAUGUGUUUUGAUAUACAAAGAAGUAGGCAUAUUCUCAGCAACAUUUAUUGCCCGAUGAGUUAAAAAGGUUUCCUUGAUCUAUUAAAUUUGCAAUUUUUCGACUUAUAUCGAAGCAUAGUUAUCCAAGUAACGCACAGACAAAAGAUACAGUAUGCUUUGAUAUGCAGUUUUGUUUUUUGACAGUAAUAAAAAAACUGUUUCUUUUAAAAUUUCUUGAUGUGGUCUACACAACGAGCGACACAACGCAAAACGUUUA